AUGACUAAGGCCCAAAAGAACAUCGCCAAGUCCGACAAGAAGCGCAAGCCCAAGAGGAAAGAAUCGUACGCAAUCUACAUCUACAAAGUGUUGAAACAAGUACAUCCCGACACCGGAGUCUCGUCCAAAGCCAUGAGCAUCAUGAACAGCUUCGUCAACGACCUGUUCGAGCGCAUCGCCGCCGAAUCCAGUCGUCUGGCCCACUACAACAAACAUUCGACCAUUACCAGCCGGGAAAUCCAAACUGCCGUUCGACUCUUGUUGCCCGGUGAAUUGGCCAAGCACGCCGUCAGUGAAGGAACCAAGGCUGUGACCAAGUACACCAGCUCCAAAUAA